UGCGCGUGUUUUUUUUCCCCCCUCAGAGGCUUGGAUUGCAAGGGAACUAAGCGAUUACUUCAAGAGCCAUGGGUUAAGUGCAGGGAGAGGGGGAGAGAGAGGGAAAAAAUCCAAUCCAAAUUCAAAUUGCUUCAUUAGAGAGACACCGCUUUUGUGGGGAAGGGCUUUAAAUGCCCACUACAAAGUUAGGACUCAUUGUUCGGCGCCGGUUUAUAUAACAGGCGCGGGGAGGCGCUGGGCUCAGGCUGCACGGAGCGAGUUCUGCAGCCGCCGCCGCCUGCAUUCCCCACCCCACCUCCCCCAGGUGAUGGCCCAGCCAGGGUCCGGCUGCAAAGCGACCACCCGCUGUCUUGAAGGGACCGCGCCGCCCGCCAUGGCGCAGUCGGACGCCGAGGCCCUGGCAGGCGCUCUGGACAAGGACGAGGGCCGGGCCUCUCCAUGUACGCCUAGCACACCAUCUGUGUGCUCACCGCCCUCUGCUGCCUCCUCCGUGCCGUCUGCCGGCAAGAACAUCUGCUCCAGUUGCGGCCUCGAGAUCCUGGACCGGUAUCUGCUCAAGGUCAACAACCUCAUCUGGCACGUGCGAUGCCUCGAGUGCUCCGUGUGUCGCACGUCGCUGAGGCAGCAGAACAGCUGCUACAUCAAGAACAAGGAAAUCUUCUGCAAGAUGGACUAUUUCAGUCGAUUUGGGACCAAGUGCGCCCGGUGCGGCCGACAGAUCUACGCCAGCGACUGGGUGCGGCGGGCACGCGGCAAUGCCUAUCACCUCGCCUGCUUUGCCUGCUUCUCAUGCAAGCGCCAGCUGUCCACCGGUGAAGAGUUCGGCUUGGUGGAGGAGAAGGUGCUGUGCCGCAUCCACUACGACACCAUGAUCGAGAACCUCAAGAGAGCCGCCGAGAACGGGAACGGCCUCACAUUGGAGGGGGCAGUGCCCUCGGAACAGGACAGUCAGCCCAAGCCGGCCAAGCGCGCCCCUGCCUUAUCACCCUGCGGCGCCCCGCAGGUUAUGCAGGCGCAGUUCGCGCAGGACAACAACCCCGACGCACAGACUCUGCAGAAGCUGGCGGAUAUGACGGGCCUCAGCCGGAGGGUCAUCCAGGUGUGGUUUCAAAACUGCCGGGCACGUCAUAAAAAGCACACACCGCAGCACCCAGUGCCGCCCUCAGGGGCGCCCCCGACCCGCCUCCCCUCCGCCUUGCCCGACGACAUCCACUACUCCCCGUUCAGCAGCCCCGAGCGGGCGCGUAUGGUCACCCUGCACGGCUACAUUGAGAGUCAGGUACAGUGCGGGCAGGUGCACUGCCGGCUGCCUUACACCGCGCCCCCCGUCCACCUCAAAGCCGACAUGGAUGGGCCGCUCUCCAAUCGGGGUGAGAAGGUCAUCCUUUUUCAGUACUAACGCUGCCGGCACUUGUGCAUCUAUCCAUGGGCACCCCACAGCUGCCCCUCAGCUGCUGAGAUCCAGUGUCCCAGUCACAGCCAGGAUCCACAGCCUCUGCAUUCACCCCCACCCGCCAUCCUGCCCGCCACCAGCUCGGCCCCCCAGGCCUAGCCUUUCCCUCUCCUGCUGAGAACCAGAAACCCCCAGCAGCACCACAGAGUCCUCCUCUUGGAAAGCAGAGCUCCCUGAAAUUUGGAAUGAGGGUGAAAACAACAGCCUGUUUUUCCCAUUUAAACAGGAGUCAUCUUCAACUUCAGCUGAUCACAAUAGCAAAAG